UCUCUUCAUUAUCCAGCAGGCAAAGUAUUUAUUCAGUAUUUAUCUUCAGCAUGAUUUGAUGAUUUCAUUGAAUGUCUGUUGUCAGAUGGUGUGGGAGAACGGCUGCACUGUGAUCGUGAUGAUGACGGCUCUGGUGGAGGACGGAGAGAAACAGUGUGACCGCUACUGGCCUGAUGAGGGCUCGUCCCUCUACCACAUCUAUGAGGUGAACCUGGUGUCAGAGCACAUCUGGUGUAACGACUUCCUGGUGCGAAGCUUCUACCUGAAGAACGUGCAGACGCAGGAGACCAGGACGCUCACUCAGUUCCACUUCCUCAGCUGGCCGGCUCAGGGCAUCCCCACCUCCACACGCCCGCUGCUGGACUUCCGCAGGAAGGUGAAUAAGUGCUACAGAGGACGGUCCUGCCCCAUCAUCGUGCACUGCAGCAACGGUACGGGCCGGACCGGGACGUACAUCCUGAUUGACAUGGUCCUCAACCGAAUGGCUAAAGGUGUGAAAGAGAUCGACAUCGCUGCGACUCUGGAGCACGUCCGAGACCAGAGGCCCGGGAUGGUCCGCACCAAGGACCAGUUUGAGUUCGCCCUGACAGCCGUCGCUGAGGAGGUCAACGCCAUCCUCAAAGCUCUGCCCCAAUGAGACCAGUGAGACCAGUAGGACCUGGACCGGCCUCCCGUCUGACCCCUGACUCAGACCUCUCUUACCUUCUGCCUUUCCUCUCUCUGAUCAUGAUUAUCAUGAUGCAGAAGCUCUCUCUGAAAUUCCCUGAAACAUAAAGAGUAAAAAUCAGCUGACUGUGGGAUGACCUACAGGUCAGGAAGGAUUCAUGCAGGAUGUUUGUGGUGCAGAUGUGAUGCGUUCAGGGACCUUCAGAGGGUAAAAAAUGUUGCAUUCAUAUGUAAUCUGAAUAAAAAGUAAACCAGGAAGAUGAAUGUUAAAAUAAAGAGGUAAAAACGUCCCAUCAGACUUAUAUUAUUCCAUACGUUUACAUACAAAUGCAGAAGAAAUAAAAACAAAAUAGUUUGUUCACAUGCAAAGUGAUUAAAUCUCAACAUUCAACUGGUUUUCUCAUAAAUGAAGUUCUGUUACUAUAAUAAAACACGGUAUUUACCGACAGACCCCAGAGGGUUUUAAAACUGUUUUCAUGCCUCUAGUGGAGGUCCCUGAAUGCAUCUUCUGCAUGUAAACGAGCCACAGAAGAUUCAAACAUCAGAGAUCCGCCUGCAGCUUCUUUACUCUUCGGUUUCCUCUCGUUUGUGUUGGAGUGUGUUGAAACCGUGCUGCUGUUGGCUCUUCGUGUUCUGGAGGCAGAGUUAUUAAGAAGAUGAACGGAUGAGUUAAAGAUCUCCAGCUCGGCCUGUAGCCUCCCUUCCUCUCCUCACGUGACGAACACAGUAAAGACUCAGACUCCUCUUCGUGUGACGUUCAGGUCGUUUCAGUCUCUGGAUGUUUUGUUGUUUACCUCAUGCAAGUCAGAAAAAUGAAAAAAAAAAAAUGCUAAAAAGAAAUGCUAUUCUCUGAAAUCAAGAAACGCUAUUUUGUAUCUGUGAGACCUUAAUUAAAUGUUUGUGUUUAAGUGCU